CAACCCUGUAGUACUCCACGUCUCUAUGGCGUGUCUCUAGUUCUAUACCCUCCUCUGCGGCUGCCACGUGGGCCCCACACCACGAGCGGCGCGCCUAGGCCGCCUAGCUAUACUACUACUCCUAGUCCUACUACAAAGCAGAGCACUGAGCACGCCGUCGCGGCUCAAGCUUAGCUAGUACUACUCCAGUAGUAACUGCCGCUUCCCUUUCCCCGUUCGCCGCAUGGCACCGGCCGCCGGUGAGCCCAGUGCAGCCGCGGGCGGCGGGGAGGGAGACACCGAGGCGCAUGCGGUGAUCGACGUCAGCAGCAGCGAAACCGACUCCGACCCCGACCCCGGCUUCGGCGGCGCCGGGAAGAGGCCGCGGCGUGUGGUGGCAACGGCUGGCAGUGGCCGGGAGGCGGAGAAGAGGGCUAGGAUUCUGGCCGCCGCCGUUCCACCGGGAUUCCUCGAUCCGCUACCGCGGCCUUCUGCCCCUCCUCCUCCUCCUCCUCCUCCGCGCGGGAGGAGGAGGGUGACGAGGCAGUUCUGGAAUGCCGGGGACUACGACGGCAAGCCGGACCUGCUCGGCGGCGACCCUUCGCUGCGAUCCGAUUCGGGAAUGGACCACAUUCGCGUCCAUCCAAGAUUUCUACACUCAAAUGCAACGAGCCACAAGUGGGCACUGGGGGCUUUCGCGGAGCUUCUUGACAACUCUCUGGACGAAGUUGCGAAUGGAGCUACUUAUGUGAACAUUGACAUGUUGGAGAAUAAGAAAGAUGGAACUCGAAUGGUGUCUGUGGAAGAUGAUGGUGGUGGGAUGGACCCAGAUAAAAUGUGGCAUUGUAUGUCUUUGGGUUAUUCAGCAAAGAGCAAGGUGAAAGAUACCAUUGGACAAUAUGGAAAUGGUUUCAAGACAAGUACAAUGCGACUCGGUGCUGAUGUAUUAGUCUUAUCACGUAGUUGUGGUAAUGGCGGAAGAAGGCGCACACAAAGUAUUGGCAUGCUAUCUUACACAUUCCUGAGAGAGACCAGGAAAGAUGAUAUUAUUGUUCCAAUGAUUGAUUAUGAAAAGGGACAACAAUAUUGGAAAAGGAUGAUGAGGACAACAUCGAUUGACUGGCAGACAAGCUUAGCAACGAUAAUAGAAUGGUCCCCUUAUUCCAGUGAAGCAGAACUUCUUCAAGAGUUUAGCUCAAUCAAGGAACAAGGGACUCGGAUUAUUAUAUACAAUCUAUGGGAGAAUGAACAGGGAGAGUUGGAGCUUGAUUUUGAUACUGAUGUAAAUGAUAUUCAAAUUAGAGGUGGUAACCGAGAUCAGAAAAAUAUCCAGCUGGCAAAGCAGUUUCCAAACUCCAGACAUUUUUUUACAUAUAGACAUUCACUGCAGAGCUAUGCAUCGAUUUUGUAUCUUCGAGUUCCAUCUGUAUUCCAAAUGAUUUUACGAGGCAAAGAGAUUGAACAUCAUAAUAUUAUUGGUGACAUGAUGAUGAAGAAUCAUGUUAUUUACAAACCAGUGAUGACUGAUGGAUUUCCGAGGGAUAUCGAUAUGAUGACUGAUGUUACAAUUGGUUUUGUUAAAGAUGCAAAACAUCAUAUUCCCAUUCAAGGAUUUAAUGUUUACCACAAGAACCGCUUGAUAAAGCCUUUCUGGAGAGUGUGGGCUCUACCUGGAAUUCAAGGGCGUGGUGUUAUAGGUGUACUUGAAGUCAACUUUGUAGAACCAGCUCAUGAUAAGCAGGACUUUGAACGCACAAAUAGCCUUGCAAGACUCGAAGCACGAUUAAAUUUAAUGCAGAAGAAAUACUGGUCUGAUAAUUGCCAUCGAAUAGGUUAUGGUGGCAAUUCUGCUAACAGAAAAUCUGGGAGAGAAUAUAAAGAGACACCUGAAAAUACUCCACACACAGGACCAACAUCAGAUCAAUCUCCUGAAGGCUGUAGAAGUUCGAAUUAUUUGCAAAGAAAAAGAAGUUUUGGAAGUCCAUAUUCUGGAUCAAGUAAUAACAAUAGCAAAACUGGAAUAACAUCCUUGAACACAAGUAAAAUAAGUCUUCCUGAGAGCAGAUUCUCUUUAAGAACAACAGCUCAGCAGACAGUUGAGAAGACCAAAAGGACCUUAAGAUAUACGAGACCACUACUGCACGGUCUAUCACAUACAAGUAAUGAUAGUGAUGCUCAGACUUCAGGCACCCCAUCAAGAUCAACUUCUCAUAUUCUAAAGACACCUGAAAAAUCAUGCCACAAUGAGAAUACUUUGCCUUUAAUUCCAUCUAGUGAAGCAAUAAGAAGUGAAGGGACAACAAGAUAUCAGUCAGAGGAAAGAAAUGUAACAAAUAAUGGAGAUGGACAAACUGUUGAUAACCCUGAGACAGUUAUCAAAUUGUUGACCGAUGAAAAUUCGUCAUUAAAAGAAAGUAUCAUGAAGAUGGAGGAAUCUUUGUCAAGAGAAUUACAUAUCGAACGGGACAAGAAUAAGUCUCUCAUUGAAAGGUUGGAGAAUGUUCAGAAGCAACUUGGAACUGCAAACAAGGAGCAAGAAGCAUUGGUAGAUAUCUUUACAGAAGAAAGAGCGCGUCGAGACCAAGAGGUGGAGAACCAGCGGACGAAACUAAAGGAGGCGUCGUCCACCAUACAGAACCUGCUGGAUCAGCUGAAUGCUGCCAGGAGCUGCCGCAAGAACUAGAAAUGGAAUGAAGAAGAUCAAUUACCUCGUUGGUCCAUUGUGGCUAUCGCCGUAAAAUAAGUUUCCCUUGUACAUGUUAGAAUAAGCUAUAUAUGUCCCAGAUGGUUAAUUGGUGCUAGAACAGCUAGCUGUUGGUAUGUUUUAUGUGCAAGGUAUGCAGUGCUGCAUUUUCCAGUGCUAACAAAGAAGGGUGAGUCGACCACCACUCUAAACUCGAAAAUGUGGGAGAUCGACCAUAUCGGUUUCAGACCUUCAGUAUCAUUCGAUGCAAUACUUUGUCUAAACUUGAGCAGUAUGUAAAACUGUAGUUCUAAAACUCCUAUCAUAAUGUUAGUCUGGUUAAUCUUAUAUUUUUACGAGUUCA